AUGGAGAAGUUUGAGCCCUUACUGAUUGAAAUCCAAUCAGUAGAAACGGUUGUGCUGAUGCUCAGUUCAUCUGAAGAGAAAAUUUUGGCCCAAGCAUGUGGUGCUCUCUAUAAAUUUGCAUCCAAAGGUGAUGAAAACAAAGUGAGACUUUUUGGUCUUGGAGCAGUGGAACGUCUGUAUAAACUCAUCUCGCAUGGAGAUCCCAUCGUACGCAGAAAUGCCAUCAUGGUCUUGGGCAUCAUGUCUUCCAAUCAUGAUGUCAAGAAGCUCCUGAAGGAACCGGAUGUCACAGAUUCACUUAUAUCAAAGCUGGCGCCAGAAGAAGAUGUAGUUAUCCAUGAAUUUGCUACUCUCUGUCUAGCACAUAUGGCUGUGGAAUAUACAGCAAAAAAUCAAAUACUUAAGCAAGGAGGAUUAGAACCACUCAUUAGACUGCUGGAUAGCCCUGAUCCUGAUGUUCAGAAAAAUUCAGUUGAAUGUAUCUACCUCCUGGUGCAGGAUUUUGAAAUCCAUGCUGCAGUUUGUGCACUGAAUGUGAUUCCACCCUUGCUGCAACUACUGGAAUCUGAGUACCCAACUCUUCAGUUGUUAGCCCUAAAAACCUUAGAAGUAAUCAGCAAAGACACAGAAAGCAGGACAACACUGAGAGAAAAUGAAGGAUUAGAUUGUCUUCUGAAGAUACUGGCAAACAAUCAAUUCAGUGAUCUACACGUGGAAGCUCUUGCUGUGCUGGGAAACUGUCUCGAGGAUGUGCAUGCUCUGCAAAUGAUUCAGCAGAUAGGAGGCCUUAAAACGCUACUUUCAUUUGUAGGAGCCUCUACUGUUCCUGAUAUUCAGAAGAAUGCAGCAAAGGCAAUUGCCAAAGCAGCUUAUGACUCUGAAAGCAGAAAAAUCUUACACGAGGAAGAGGCUGAGGAAUGUCUCAUAAAGGCUUUGGAAACUGGUAACGAUGGAGUUAAGGUUGCUGCUUCCCAAGCGAUUUCUGCCAUGAGUGUGAAUCCGGCUAGCAAACGCACCUUUGGACUGCAGGGAAUCCCCCAGCUAGUACAGUUGGUAAGCACCGACAAUGAAGAGGUAAAAGAAGCUGCAGUGACAGCAUUAGCUAAUUUGACCACAGCCAGUCCUAGUAAUGCAUGUGCUGUUGCUGAGGCUGAGGGGAUCAGGCCAUUAGUGAAUGCCUUGAAUGCUGAGAGAGAUGGAGCUGUGGCUAACGCUGCCACAGUGCUAACAAACCUGGCCACACAAGAUUCACUCCGUGUGAGCAUCCAGGGCCAGGCCAUCAUGGGUGCUCUUACAGAGCCACUGCGCUCCACCAGCAGCCAAGUGCAAAGCAAAGCAGCCUUGGCUGUGGCUGCCUUUGCUUGUGAUGCUGAUGCAAGAGCUGAGUUAAGAACUGUAGGUGGACUGCAGCCACUUGUUGAAUUGCUGCAUUCUAAGAGUGAAGAAGUCAGAAGAAAUGCUUGUUGGGCUGUUAUGGUCUGUGCAAAUGAUGAACCAACUGCUGUUGAACUGUGCAGGCUGGGUGCUUUAGACGUCCUAGAAGAAAUUAAUCUGUCCAGAGGCCGCAAAAGUAACUUCAGCAAAGCUGCUCUAGAAAAGCUACUUGAUAACAACCUUUCCCAAAAGUACAGCAGGAUGGGAUGUUUAUCAUCAAGUGAUGUCAUUGCUGAUGGAUUCUAUGACUGUGGCAAGACAAUGCCUGGAGUGAAAUUUUUAUCUUUGGAGGAGCUGAGCAUGCAAGAGCUUUCUGACCGCCGGGCCACAAUCUUCAUUAAUGCUAAAGCACAAGAUGACCUUGCAGCAGGGGAGAAGACACAGGAUUCAUCUUCUGAACAGACAAGCUCAUCACCUAGUUCAAGAAAAAGCACUAAAGACAAAGGAAGAAAAGGGAGAGGGGAAAAAGAAGAGGAAAAACCAAAUGAAGUUAUUCAGAUUACACCUAAAGUCCAGGAGGAAACAGAUCCAGAAACCUCAAGCUGGCUUCCACCACCUGACUUCAUUUUACUGGAUUACAUUAAGGAUGCUUCCAAAACAAUUCUGCCGCUGCGAACGACCCGGGAACAGGUUGUGGCUCUUGCACAGUUGGUUGCGGACAAGAUGGGUGGCCCGAUUGAAAGAGACAGACUGGAUGACUUCAGCUGGGAAAUCCACAUCAGCGAAGCAGAGUUUGAGCUGAAACACAAUGUUGUGCCCAUCGGCAGAGUUCGGAAAGGGACCUUCUGCCACAGGGCCUUACUUUUCAAGGUGAUAGCAGACAGAAUUGGCAUCGGCUGCACUUUGGUCCGGGGCGAGUACAACAGAGCUUGGAAUGAAGUGAAGCUGAUUGAGGACUCUCCUCAAGGAGCACCAAGGCUCCUACUUCCUCCUCGGGAGUACAUUGUGGAUCUGAUGUUUGAGCCAGGCUCUUUGAUGAAGCAGGGAAGUGCAGAGGCAGAUCUGUACAAAUACAUCACAUCUUGA